AGGCUAAAGCCGCUUAGCACUUGCUCAACAUACUACAUGAUCAUUCCUCGACGCGUCUGCCAGAUACGCCCGCGACGCGUGAUACUGUCGGGAAUUCAACCAACCGGUAUCCCCCAUCUAGGGAACUACCUAGGCGCACUGUCCAACUGGGUCAAGCUGCAAAAAUCUGCGGAGCCCGAGGACAAACUGCUAUUUUCGAUUGUCGGAUGGCAUGCAUUGACUCUGCCACAGGAUCCUGCUGCGUUAUUGACCGCGAGGAAUGAUAUGCUGGCUGUUUUACUUGCCAUAGGUAUCGAUCCUAACCGGUCGAUAUUAUUCCACCAGGAUCAUCUGCGCCGGAUGACGACAUGGAAGUCAAGAUUAGCUGCGGCACGAAAUUCUGCAUCAGAGGACGAAGUGGACGAGUCAUUGCUCAAUGCUGGCUUAUUCAUGUAUCCUGUGCUACAAGCCGCCGACGUCCUGGUUUACAAAGCUACCCACGUCCCUGUUGGCGACGAUCAACAGCAACACAUAGAGCUCACAAGAGAUCUCGCUGAUAUUUUCAACCGAACAUUCAAAGGAACUUCUCCCCUGUUCCCCCUUCCAAACUACGUCAACACCCCAUCGAAGCGUAUUUUAUCACUCAAAGACCCAACAUCCAAGAUGUCGAAAUCUUCGCCCGACGUGCAGUCCCGCAUCUUGCUUACCGAUACCGCCACUCAGAUCCAAUCGAAAAUCCGAGCUGCUGUCACGGAUUCCAUCCAAGGCAUCACCUACGACCCUAAGGACCGCCCGGGCACUUCAAAUUUGCUUACUAUCCUCGCUGCCUGCACGGACAGCGAUGUCACGCAGGUCGCAAAAACGUAUGAGAGCCAGGGUCACGGGGACCUUGAAACGCGAUCGGCAUAUCUUGACGAAACAGCGCGCCGUGGAGCUGCUCGCGCCAUUGAACACUCCGAGGAGACGAUGGGUCUAGCACCACCUAUUCGCGGUGAUAUGUCUGAUAGUGGCAAGCCACCUGUGCAUUAACAAAUAUAACUACAGUCUAACAAUGCAUUAUCCCGUGAUAACUUCAGGACAGAACCUUCUACUUUUAUCAGUGAGCCAGGCACCUUAGUCCAGGAAAAAUGCACUACAUAGCCGUCGGCAGUAAUGGAAGUAUGAUUGGCUCGAUCACAAAAGCUUUAAUAACUAUUAACCUCAAAGAAGUUAGUCAAGGAGCUGA